GCUAGCAAGCUCCAGCAGAAAUAAUAAAGUGAUUCUGGCUCCAGGGGUAGAGAGUUGUCCGCUACACGUGUAACGUGAGCUAGUUUCAUUCAUUUCUUUCGAGGCCGAUUAGAUUGUGCGUCCCAGGACUGAAAUAAGAUGGCUGCUCCGGAUAUGCGCCUCAACCACACUAUAUACAUCAACAACCUAAACGAGAAGAUUAAAAAAGAUGAACUGAAGAAGUCGUUGUACGCGAUCUUCUCUCAGUUUGGUCAAAUCCUGGACAUUUUGGUUGCCCGCUCCCUGAAAAUGAGGGGUCAGGCCUUUGUCAUCUUCAAGGAGGUCAACAGCGCCUCCAAUGCCCUGCGUUCCAUGCAGGGGUUCCCAUUCUAUGAAAAACCUAUGCGUAUUGGGUACGCCAAGGGGGACUCUGACAUAAUCGCUAAAAUGAAGGGCACCUACGUGGAGCGGGACCGUAAGAAGGAGAAGAGGGUCAAGGGCCCAGAGGCAGCAGGGGCCAAAAAGGGUGUGCCAGGAACCCCUGUAGUACCCAUGGGCCCUGGAGUUCCAACACCCAUGGGCCCUGGAGUUCCAACACCCAUGCCCGGAAUGCCACCCAUGAGCGGGGCUCCUCGUAUGAUGCAAAUGCCAGGGCAGCCCCCCUACAUGCCCCCGCCAGGCAUGAUGCCACCUCCAGGGAUGGGCCCUGGGGGGAUGCUCCCUGGUGCCAUGCCUCCGGGUGGGAUGAUGCCCGGGCAAAUGCCCCACGCCCAGGUUGCAGAAAACCCUCCCAACCACAUCCUGUUCCUCACCAACCUCCCAGAGGAGACCAACGAGCUCAUGCUGUCUAUGCUCUUCAACCAGUUCCCUGGGUUCAAAGAGGUACGUCUGGUGCCUGGUCGCCACGAUAUCGCCUUUGUGGAGUUUGAUAAUGACGUGCAGGCUGGAGCAGCCAGGGAGGCACUACAGGGCUUCAAGAUCACCCAGACCAACGCCAUGAAGAUCUCUUUCGCCAAGAAAUAACACACCAGAGAGCUCUUGAGUGGUUUACAAUCUCACACACACACACCAGAGAGACCUCCUCCCCUUAAACUAUACCAGCACAGAGCCGACUACUAACCUGUCCAUCGCCAAGGAAGCACAGUGUGUUACAAGUCCGCCUAUAGAAGAGCAAAUAUUUUUAGCCUCUUCUUUUUUAAGUUGAGAUUUUUAUUGUAAUUGUCCUGUUACUGCCCUUCCUGUGAUCCCCCAUACUCAUUUAGAAUAACUGGAGAUGACCUGCCUUGUAUGUGAUGGUAGGUUACCAGCGGUUUAGAGAAGAGACAUAGACAGAGGUCAGCAUUUUGAUGAUUGAAAUGCUGGCACCAGGCUUGAAAAUGAUAACUUGUAAGGACUAUAUUGGUAUAGUGAUUUGGUGCCAACAUAGAGGAUAGUUAGCUGACAUUUGCAUAUCCAUAGCUCUGGUUAAGAAAAAAUGAAAAUGUCAGUUUCUGCACCCAUUCAUUGAGGAUAAAAUCUGGUGUUUGUAUGUAAGUAUAUUUUCAUUUUUACUGUCUUGUCUGUUAUAAAGCAUUGCACCCAGGGUCUGUUUCGCCCAGACAUUGUACCUGGAGCUUUUCUGUUUGAUUAAAACAUGUGCUUUUUAUAAUGA